CACAUCUUCAAUAUAGAAACCAUGUUUAAUGCAUUCACCAACUACUACCUCUCAGACAACUUCAACCUUAAAUGCAUUUAACAUUCAACUACAUUCGUAUGUUAGUAAUUAAUCAAGCUAAAUAUAGACAACAAAAUACAGGUAGCAGAAGGUAGCUAAGAUUUUAAAUGAAAACAACACAAUAUUGUCACUACUCACUGCUAUAAAUAUAACUGAUUCUCAAAGUACUUUUACUCCAUCCCAUCAAACAAUACAGUCUCUCAAUUUCUUUACAAAUCAAUUAGUUAAUUCAAGAAAAUGGCAUCCAACAUAGGAAAGAUUGAGGUUGAAGUUGAGGUGCAAAGUGGAGCAGAUAAGUUUUGGAAUGGCAUUAGGGACUCUACAAAUCUCUUCCCUAAGGCUUUCCCUAAGCAGUACAAGAGUAUUGAAGUUGUUGAAGGUGAUGACAAGUCUGUUGGUUCUGUUCGCUUGAUCAAGUAUGCUGAAGGGUCCCCAUUGGUGACAUACUCAAAAGAGAAAAUAGAGUCAGUUGAUGAUGCAAACAGAACACUAGUUUAUUCAGUCAUUGAUGGUGAAACCUUGAAAUACUACAAGAGUUUCAAAGGCAGCCUUUCUGUUACUCCAAAGGGAGAUGGAAGUUUGGUGAAGUGGUGCUGUGAAUUUGAAAGGUUAAGUGAUGAAAUUCCUGAGCCACAAAUCAUCAAAGAUUUUGCUGUCAAGAAUUUCAAGGAUCUUGAUGCUUAUCUCAUUGGGGCAUAAAGAAAGACCUUACUAGCUGCUGUGUGACAAAUAAUUAUCACAUAGUAUAUAGUUUAAUGAAUAAAAUUAUCUGCAGAAAUGUUUUCAUCCUGUAGAAAAUCUAGGUAGACUUUACUUUAUUAAUAAUGUAAGUGUAACAAAUAUAGUUUAAAUAAAAGCGGGCUAUGGAAAAUAUAAGAUGCUAGUUAUGGCAUUCUGUGGUCCAUUUGCCUUGUGUUGGUUUCGAUUUUUGUCUUAAUUUGAUUUGUUGGAAAUAAAGAAUAUGUGAAGAUUUUCUGUGUAA